UGCAUAAUCCACUUUCAACGUGACUGCACUGCCUUUCAACACAGAUUUGAACUCUGCCCAGAGGUGCCACUUGGUUGAAGCAUAAAUGAUCUGUUGUUGUGCAAUAGAAGCAUAUCACCUUUCUUCAAUCAAAAUAUGAUUGCAUGUUGAUCCACGUGAAACUUGAUGGUUUGGCAGUUGUCUAGGAUGCAAAACCUUCCUAAGAUAUUCACAAUCUCCUGGUGAGACCAUACUGCUCUCUGGAUGUAGUGUUUUGGAGAACAAUGAGGUGGCAUACAAUCUUAAAGCAAUUUGAUAAUCCUCAGCAUGUCUUGGAGAAAAUGUCUUUUAUACAACUCUUACUGGUCAGUUUAGGUUCUUGGGAAGUUAAUUAUUAAAAAUGGAAAAGCUAAUUAUAUGUAAAAGGCUUCUCUGUAGUAAGGUGGCUUCCACUGGAAUAUCUAUGGAAGGGAGAGCAUGACAGCCAGUGUCUUGCUUUUUUUGGGGAAAAAACCUGAUGAAUUUCUGACAACAUAUAAGAGUGUACCAGGUAGGAUUGUGCUUCUCAACUGUUUGAAUUGAGGUGUCACUCAGCUGUUUGUAUUGUUUGAUGUUUGGCGAUAUUGGUGGAAAAGAGUUUCUUAGUGCUUAAAACCUUUUGGUUUUGUAGGUGCAUUGGUUUUGGGGAUACAAGGAAAAGUAUUGACUGAACAGUGAACAUGAGCUGCAGACAUGCUGGUCUUAAGUGUCUUUUAUCUGUUGACUCUUAGAAGAAGGUUCCUGGCCAGAUGUUUGAGUGCUGAAUUAUUUUGUUUAGUUGUUGCAAAAUGUCUUCAAGCUGUAACUUCAAAAACUGUUACAGGUAGAAGUUCCCCUGUCAAACCAUUCUUCUUCUCUCUUUUUUUCAGUCCUUCAUUUCCUACAGAUGAGAAAAGCUGGUUUCCAGCAACUGUGCUGUUCUUCCCUCUUUGCUUCAAGUCCUAGGAAAGAACCAAGUGUUACUGUAAUACUAAUUUUUUCCCCUUUGCUCUUUCCUGCUGUUGUUGCCAGGGUUUGUUCCCACUUGUAAACAAGUGGUGCAGGGAAGACUCAGAGAUGGGGGAGGAGUUUGGAUUUACUGUGCAAAUACAUACAAACAUACUAAUCUAAAUUGAUGCCUCGUUGAAAAAAGUCACAGGUGAAGCAAGCAGGCAGCAAUGGCUCACUCAAAGGCUCUCUUAGUGCUGGAAAACUUCAUAGGUGGCAAAUUUGUUCCUUGUUCCUCCUACAUAGACUCCUAUAAUCCGUCCACUGGAGAUGUCUAUUGCAGGGUUCCAGACAGUGGCAAAGAAGAGGUGGAAGCUGCUGUCAAAGCUGCCAAAGAUGCCUUCCCAAUUUGGUCCUCAAAAAGUCCAUUGGAAAGAUCUCAAAUCUUGAACAAAUUGGCAGACCUGAUUGAACAUGACCUGGAAGCGUUUGCACAAGCAGAGUCAAAGGAUCAGGGAAAAACGAUUACAUUUGCCAGGACGGUGGACAUCCCUCGGGCUGUGCACAACUUCCGAUUCUUCGCCUCUUCCAUCCUUCAUCAUGUCACAGAAUGCACCGAAAUGCCGGCCAUGGGCUGUGUGCACUACACCUCUAGGGCACCUGUGGGAGUUGCUGGUUUAAUCAGUCCUUGGAAUUUGCCACUGUAUUUGUUGACUUGGAAAAUAGCUCCUGCCAUUGCAUGUGGAAAUACUGUGGUUGCCAAGCCAAGUGAGAUGACAUCUGUCACAGCCUGGAUGAUGUGCCAACUCUUGGAGAAAGCAGGGGUGCCUCCUGGCGUGGUGAAUGUCGUGUUUGGGACAGGGGCCAAGGCAGGAGAGGCCCUGGUGUGCCACCCCGACGUGCCUCUGAUCUCCUUCACGGGCAGCACGCUGACGGCCCAGCGGAUCACGGAGAGAAGCGCUCCGCACUGCAAGCGGCUCUCGCUGGAGCUGGGAGGCAAAAACCCCGCCAUCAUCUUCGACGACGCCGACUUGAGCCAGUGCAUCCCCACCACCGUGAGGUCCAGCUUUGCCAACCAGGGUGAGAUCUGUCUCUGCACCUCCAGGAUCUUUGUUCAGAGGGGAAUAUACAGUGAGUUUUUGAAGAGGUUUGUGGCAGAGGCCAAGAAGUGGAAGACUGGGAAUCCCUCAGAUCCUACAAGUGAUGUGGGAGCACUAAUAAGUAAAGAGCAUCUAGAAAAGGUAAGGACCUACGUGAAGAAAGCCCGGGCUGAAGGAGCCAGAGUCCUCUGUGGAGAGGGAGUGGAUCCUUUGGCCCUCCCACCUGGCAACCAGAAAGGCUAUUUCAUGUUGCCAACAGUUAUUGCUGAAGUCAAGGAUGAAUCUUGUUGCAUGCAAGAAGAGAUCUUCGGUCCUGUGACGUGUGUGGUAGCAUUUGAUACAGAAGAGGAGGUGAUCAGAAGAGCCAACGGUGUGAAGUACGGCUUGGCAGCCACGGUGUGGUCUGGCAACGUGGGACGCGUUCACAGGGUGGCACACAGGCUGCAGUCUGGACUGGUGUGGACCAACUGCUGGCUUGUGAGAGACCUGAACUUGCCAUUUGGCGGGAUGAAAGCCUCAGGCAUAGGCAGGGAGGGAGCAAAGGAUUCCUAUGAGUUCUUCACUGAGGUCAAAACCAUCACAAUAAAGCACUGACCUAUGUCAACAGAAGUAUUUUAGAGUUAAAUAAAUGACAGCAAUAUGAGUUACCAAAAAUGGCUCCUUAGAAUACAGGCCAUUCCUUUCUUGAACUUUGGUCAAGUAACAUAAAUGACAGCUUAAAAGAUCAUCCCAAAUGCUGAUGUUAAAGUCAGUUUUUCGUGUUGGAUGAGAAGGUCAGUGUGGACUCCACAAUCAACCCAUCCCAAGCCAGAUGACUUGCCUGUCUUACAGAUCCUAGAUCUUUUUGAUAUUUUUGAUAUUCCUGCCUCAAAAAUCUGUCCCUUUAAGGCAAAUUGGAGAAAGAGUAUAUGACAAUAGCUCUGGUUUGUGAAUUACCUUGAGGGACAAAGUAGCAAGCAUGUGGUGAGACUUAUAUUGUAAAGGGGAAUCAGCUCAUUUUCACUCUAGUGUGGUCCACACUUCCCUGAUAUCAGACAGGAUUGAUACUACACUACACUGAAAGCCUGAGGAGCUAUCUUCAACCUACUCUAAGUGGCUUUAAACCGUGGGGUCAUGACAUUCUCUUGAUAUUCAUGGAGACAAUAAAUGUUUUAAUUAUAAUCUUCUUUAUGGUAGGGAGCUGAAUCAUCCUAAUACCUGUUCUCUGACUGUUUUGAAAUGAAAAACCUUUUGUCACUUCAAGACCUCAGUGAUGGUGGUUUUUGCAUCCCUGCACGAAAAUAUUGGCUGCAUCACACACAGUGUACGUCUUCAUUAAUAAAACCUAGAAUUUACUCCUGAGAGAA